ACCAUGCCUCCCUCACAGACUGUCUUGUGAAAAAAAGGUUUUGUGGCUUCCGCAAAAACUGGACGGAGUGGGUCCGUCUCUUGCAAAAAGUAGAGAGAAAGCUCCAGUCAAAAAGCAACAGUGAAGCACACUCCGAGGGUUCGGAUUUGCGAGCCAGAUCGAUGUCUUGGGCCGAAAGGAACCACAAAUUUAUUUGUUCCCCACAACACGACACAACAAAUAAUAGCUGGUACCAGCUACAAUACCCGUACCACCCCGACAACGCACACACCGAUUCGAUCAUUCUCUUUUCACAAGGAACCCCACCAUGACGGCCCCAUCCCCACCCAUUGCACCCAUUGCACCCGUAGCAGAAACAACACCUCCUGCUACGGGCGAGAUUGUACCUACGGACCUCGAUGUCCUCUGUGGCAAGACGAAGCAAAUCAUCAGCCACCCAGGUACCAUUCGGUAUCAGAUGGUCGUGGACAGCUACACGCAACGGUACAUCCAAGCCGACACCAAGUAUGCCAAGAUGCAAGUGACCAAGGCGCUUUAUGAACACCUCAAGACAACAUCUCGUUUCCUCAAGUUUAAUGACAAGGAGAACGCGUGGGAAGAGAUAUCCGCUCUGGCGGCUCGCGAUAAAAUUGGUCAUGCGCUGAGGUUCGCCGUCAACAAUGUCACCAAUACGGAAAAGAAACGACGAAAGAACAAGAGAGGGCAUCGAAGAGUUGGUUCCGACUUUUCGGCCGCAUCUCUGGCUUCCAUUGCCUCGGAAGUGUCCGUCCAGUCGGCUGCCACGGCUUCCUCGGGAGUCAACUCGUUGAUGAAUGCGCUCGCCGCCUCCAUGACCAUUACGCAACACCAACAGCACCAAAUCAGACCGCCCAACGCUGCUAGUACCUCUAGUAGUGCGGCAAUCAACAACCAUACAGCAAUCAACAGUAAUAGCAACGGCAACCUUUCUUCUAACGGCCACAAUAAAAACAGCAACAUCGAGGACAUUGACGGCAUCUGGUCACCAUCAGACGGCAUCUGGUCACCAUCAGCACUCCAUCCCUUGAUGGAGCCAUGUCCUCUUCCCAGUUUGGUAAACAUUCCGGAUGUUGCAAACAGCACCAACCAAGAGGAUGACGAACAAUUCGGUUUGGAGGAUUUCUCCGACCCCCUGGACAAUCUUGUUCUCUCCAUGAUGCAGCAACCAAUCUACGAGUUUGAUGUGGACCCAAACGAGGAUCUAUAGGGUCAUCAACACCGGGUUAUCGCCACUGGGAACAUUGAAGCUGGUCAGUACAGACCAGAUCAGCCCAUUUUUUUUAUUUCCUACGCCUAAUGCAUGCCACACUUUAUGUGUCAUGCAACACUUGCACACACGGCAACAGUUCAGAAUCAAUAUCAUCACCAUUGCAUGUCUCUCCAUUGCGUUUUUCAAAAACAAUCUCAAGGACCCAAUUCACACACAACGUACUAGUAUGCGACAGAAAAGUAACCUCAUACUGUAAACUCGUCAUACUUGUCCGUCCCUGAUCCACCGAAUGUGACAGUGCCGUACUGUAUGUACUGGAGCACACCAAAAGACGACAACACAUGUAGAGCAACAUAAACAUAUCUUGGCGCGUUCGCGGCAAAGCCGCUGCUGGCACUUCGAAUCGCGUCCUCCUUACCAGAGAUGUGAUUUGAGAGACAGUUCCAUGUCAUCAUAUCAUCUUUGGUCUGAAGCCUGAGCUAGCUAAUAGAGAGGCCGGCUCUUGUUGUAGAAAACCGACGUUGAUAGUUCCGGCAGCGGUACUUUCUCUCCUCUGAACACC